GACUAUUCUCUAUGUGCUGAUGAACUUCGUGACCGGAAGUAUCCCCGGAUACACACAGAAGGUGUUAUUGGUUUCUAUGGACGGUUUUCGAUGGGAUUAUUUGAAGAAAACACAAACUCCAAACUUUGACCGCAUGGCGCGGCUGGGAACGCAUGCGCUGUACAUUAAUAAUACUUUCGUCACAAAGACGUUUCCUAAUCAUUACACCCUUGUAACCGGACUAUAUGAAGAGAGUCAUGGAAUCGUCAGUAACCAUAUGUAUGACCCGGUCCUUAAUGCCACGUUUGGUCAUCAAAGCCACGAGAGUGAGUGGUGGGAUGGCGGAGAACCACUUUGGGUCACGGCUAGAAAGAACAACAGGACGAGCGCCACCUUUUAUUGGCCCGGAAGUGAAGCAAAAAUUCGCGGAUAUCGUCCAAACAUUUGGUUACCUUACAACGAGAGUAUUCCUUUUAUCCCGCGAGUGGAUCGGGUGAUCGACUGGUUAGUAAACAAAUCAAUAGACUUCGUCACAUUGUACUUUCAUGAACCAGACAAAACAGGUCACAUGUAUGGACCUGACUCGACACAGAUCGUACAAAAGGUCAAGGAUAUGGACGGGAUUCUGGGAUACAUCUUGGAUAGUUUGGAUAGGAACUCUUUGACAGACAAGGUCAAUCUUGUGCUCGUGAGUGACCAUGGGAUGACCGGUAUUGACCUACAACAUAGGCUGAUUGAUGUCUCUGAGUUGGUCGACAUGGAUGAGGACAUUCUGUUCACGCUGGACAGCGGACCGGUCAUGCAGAUCAAUCCAAGAAAGGAUCCACAAUACGUCAUACAAAAAAUACGGAACGCUUCAGUUCCACAUUUAAAUGUAUAUCUAAAGGAAGAGAUACCAAUAAAAUGGCAUUAUAGAAAUAAUAGGAGGGUAAUGCCAAUCUUUGCAACAGCGGAAGAGGGUUGGAGUAUUGUGACGAAUGCCACGUUGGCCAAAAGAAUAAACGAGAAGGGAAAUCAUGGUUACGACAACGCUUUACUAAGCAUGAAGCCAAUAUUCCUAGCCAUGGGUCCAAACAUUCGCCAGAACUAUCAAGUACCGGUGUUUAAAAACGUGGACAUCUAUCCUUUAGUGUGUGAACUUCUUCAGAUCCAACCUGCCCCCAACAAUGGAAGCCUUCUGCGAGUGAAGAGUUUAAUUGUGUCCAAAGACAGUACCAAUAAUGGUCCUGAACUAAGAGCAGUCUCUUUUUGGAUUUGGAUUUCAUUCUUUUGGAAUUCAUUUUUAUAAAAAUAUGUGUGUGAGUUUGCUCUGUGAAAUACAGUAGGAACAAGUAUUCUGAGUAGUUAGAAAGUUUGUGCAUAAACAUACAACAGAUAAUUUUCCUGAUUCCCCUAAAAAAGAAUAUACGAUUUUGUUUAA